ACCUUUCACACCCUUUUUAUACUGUUUGCCUCCAUUAUUUUCUUCUACUUCUUAUCAAAAUCUCUCUCUUAAUACGUUUCCUUCAAGUACUUUCUUAUCUUCUAUAUAUCAUUAGUACAAAUUUUAGGAUCAAAAGAGACAAAGAAAAAGUAGUUCAUCACAUAGCCAAAUAUGGAUGGAAGAUUCAAUAACUUUUUUGUUUCGGAGCAAGAAGAUUCUGAGAAUUCACCAGAAAACAGCUCCGACUCGCCGUGUUCCGGCAUGCUCAAUGAUAACAAGAUGAUGACUUCAACUUCGUCCCCUAAAAGAAGCAGAAGAUCCAUAGAAAAACGAGUGGUGUCAGUGCCAAUUAAAGAAGUUGAAGGAUCAAAAAUGAAAGGUGAAAUAAGUAUGCCACCAUCUGAUUCUUGGGCAUGGAGAAAAUAUGGACAAAAGCCCAUCAAAGGCUCCCCCUAUCCCAGGGGAUAUUACAGAUGUAGUAGUUCAAAAGGAUGUCCAGCUAGGAAACAAGUUGAAAGGAGCCGUGCGGACCCUAACAUGUUGGUUGUGACGUAUUCUUGUGAACAUAACCAUUCUUGGCCGGCUUCUAGAAAUAAUCAACACAACCAUCGUACAACUACCACUACAUCAUGUGUCAACAAUAACACCAAGACAAAGAUGAAAACAAUAGCGUCAUUAGCAGCAGCAGCAACAACAAUAAUAGCAAUGACAACGACGACUUCUAGUAUUGCGGUUUCUGAAGAAAACACCACGAGUGAUUUCGCUCGCCCAUCGGAGCCCAAUUCGGUCGAAAAAUUUGCCAAUCUUGGUGAACCAUCAUCCCUAAUUAGUGCCAAUGAAUUCGGAUGGUUUUCCGAUUUAAUUGAGUGUACUUCGACAACUAUGCUAGAAAGUCCAAUUUUGACCGAAAUUGAAGUUACUGACAUUGACAUGUCAUCAACGUUGACAAUGCGAGAGGAAGACGUGUUGCUUUUCGCCGAUCUCGGAGAGUUGCCGGAAUGUUCAACGGUGUUUGGCCGUGGAAUGAUGGAGAGAGACGAAGAACGCCGGCGAAAUAGCUUGACAACGUGGUGUGGGACCACGGGCUAAUAUGAUUUCGACAUGUGUUACCUUUUUACAUUUGUCUUUACUUGACAAAACAAAUAUUUUAAACUUUUUUUUUAAUCAAUUCAUUAGGAAAUUGCGCGUCGUGCGCCAUAAGAUACCAAAAGCAAGUUGGUUUUGGCUUUUAAUAUUUGUAACUUUUCUUAGAUUUCAGUGUAGGUUUAGUAGUAUAGUAAAAUAAAAAACUUGUCCAAUUGAGAGGAAUCUGUCUCAUUCUCAUUGUAAUUAGUAUCAUUGGCCGCUUCAUUUCCAACGGUUAAAUUUCUUCCGA